AUGAAUCCAGUGUACAGCCCUGCACCAACAGGGGUCCCCUUCACCAAUUCUAAGGGUAUAGGCUAUCCUGCUGGCUUUCCUGUUGGGUAUGCUGCAGCUGCCCCAGCAUACACUCCAAAUGUCUAUCAAGGAGCGAAUCCAGCCUUCUCAAGUGGUUAUGCCCCUGGUGCACCAUUCAAAAUGUCCUGUUCCCCCAGCACUGGGACUGUCCCACCGUAUUCGUCCUCCCCAAACCCUUACCCUGCUGCUGUAUACCCAGUCAGGAGCACCUACCCUCAACACAACCCUUAUGCACAGCAAGGUACUUACUUCACGCAGCCGUUGUAUGCGGCGCCACCUCACGUGAUCCAUCACACAACAGUGGUUCAGCCUAAUGGGAUGCCUGCGGCCAUGUAUGCCCCGUCCAUCCCUCCUCCCCGCAACAACGGGGUUGCCAUGGGUAUGGUCGCCGGGACCACGAUGGCCAUGUCAGCUGGAACUUUGCUGUCGACUCCGUCACCAGCGCCCGCUGCUCUCGCACCACACCCAGUCACCAUGCCCACAUAUCGGCCAGCCGGCACGCACAGCUACAGCUAUGUGCCCCCACAGUGGUGA